AUGGGGGACUGCUUCCAGUCUGCUCCUGAUCCAAAACACUCCUGUCACAGAAAUCAUCUGAAUGAAAAGGGAGAGAAUCACAUUGAUGUCUGUUCUGCUCACAGUUCGUCUCCGCGUCAGUAUCACUUUGUGAAUCAGAAGAAGAACUGGACUGAAGCUCAGAGAUACUGCAGAGAGAAAUACACAGAUCUGGUCACUAUCAAUAACAUGAAUGAACAGAAUGACAUAAAUCAGCUCCUAAAGAGAGAGAAGAUCAGUGCUGACCGUGUCUGGAUUGGGCUGCAGGACACAUGGAUUUGGUCUCUGAAUAACUCUGACUUCUACAGAGGAAAUGAGUCUCAGUUUAGGAAGUGGCAUCCAACACAACCAAGUGGAGAUGGAGACUGUGUUUAUAUGAACAAUGAUGGACAAUGGCAUGAUGUAGACUGUAGUACAACAAGACAUUUCAUCUGCUAUGAUGGCAGCAGUAAAGGAUUCGUCCCUGUACAGGAGCAAAAGAGCGGGACUGAAGCUAAGAAUUACUGCAGACAGAAACACACAGAUCUGGUCAGUGUGAGGAAUGAGAGUGAGAAUAAUCAGAUCCAGAACAUCAUAAACCAGAACCUAACUUCACCUAAUCAAGCCUGGAUCGGUCUGUACAGCUCCUGGGUUUGGUCAGACAACAGCAACUUCAUAUUUAAACACUGGAAAACUGAUGAACCCAAUACGAGAGAUGGCAGAAACAGCAUCUGUGUAUCAACUGGUAUCAGUGAUGAAAGAUGGACAGACGAGCUCUGUUCAGAUCAGCAUCUCUUUGUGUGUUAUGAUGAUGAACUGGUUCUGAUCCGAGAGAAUAAGACGUGGACUGAAGCUCUGAGAUACUGCAGAGAUAGGGACAUGGACCUGGUGUCGGUGGAUUCGGAGCAGAUGCAGCGGUGGGUGAUGGAUGUGACCUCGAGAGCCUCCUCCGAUCACGUGUGGCUGGGUCUGCGUCACGCCUGCGCACUGAGAUUCUGGUUCUGGGUGAACGGUCAGACCGUGUGCUACAAUCAGUGGGCUUCUGAUUACGACACUGGACUGAACGACUGCGAUAAGACGGUGAGAUCCGGAGUCAUUAGGACCUGCGAUAAUCGCUGGAUCAGCCGCCCUGAAACUGAUAGAUACAACUUCAUCUGCAUCAAGUGAGUGCUGGAGAGUCACUGAUUACAUGUGAUCCAGAUUACAAAUAUCAAGCCAAAAGCCAACAUUCAGAUUACUGUUACUUUCUUAUGGAUUACAUAUAUUCACACAAUGCCAGUAAAUUAUUCAUGUAAUCACAAAAGUAAUCAAUAAUUAUUUAAAAUCAUUAAUAAAAUUAAUAAAAGUAAAAACAAAGUUUUCAUUAUGUAAUUAGUAACCAGCAACAGACCAAAUAAGUAUAAAAAUUUAUUAUAAUAAUCUACCCACUGUGUGUGAGUCAGAUAACAGAUAAUGAAGAUUCAGUCAAGCCAUUUGGACUCAAUUCAAAUAAAUUCAGUUCAAUUCCAGUUUAUUUGUAAAGCGCUUAUCACAAUAAAUAUUGUUCCAAAGCAGCUUCACUGAAAAUGUAUAUUUCAGUGUUACAAUCAGGAAGUUUUCUGUUAUUGGACUCACAUCAUCUCAGUUUAAAGUCUUUAAUGUCUAUUUGAACUUGUAUCAUGUUUUCACUCGUUUAAGAUCAAUUAUUUGAUUCAGUUUCACGACUCUUGAGGUGAUGGAGACAAACAUUUACUGUGUUUUUGUUUGUUUGUUUUUGUUUUUUAGUUUACUUUUUUGUUAUUUUUUAUUGCAUGUUAUUUAGUACUUAUAUUUACUUUUCUGGAACUGACAUGUUCUGCAAACUCCAUCUACAAUGACUGCAAAUAUAAUCAUAUAUAAUUAUAAUACAUGCAACUUUCAUGAAAAAAAAAAAAAAACAUUUGUAUUUUAACCUCUGGUUUAGCUUGUUUCCUAGAGUCAUUAAAAGGAUGAUGUGAUGGAUCAUAUUUAAGAUGCUCUUGUGUGUCACAUUCAGUUUUAGUUUCAGUUUCAUUUUGACAGACUUUUAGUUUGCAUCUCAUUGUUUCCUGUGUUUCCUUCUGGUUUCCUUGGUCAUCAUGGUUUCUAUGUUCUCAUUUGUCACUAUAGUUACUGAUUAUGUUGCUCACCUGUGUCUAGUUAAUUUCCUUCUUUACUGUGUAUUUAUCGUCCCCUCACUUGGCAUCGAAAAUUGUUGACUUGAUGACAAAGUGUGUGUGAUGUUCCUGAAUAAAAUCAUCUAUAAUGAAUCCAUGUAAACAUAAAUGGAUAAAUGUAACAAUUUUAUAUAAUGGUAAUAAAUAUUCAUUGAGUGA